UAAAAAAUAAAAAUGAAACUUUAUUAAUAUACAUACAAAUCAACUACUACUUCAGAAUGCCAAAAGAAUUAACGCCUAAACAGAUCUCUAGUGGAUUAUCUUAUGUACAUAAAGAAGCACCCUUUUUAGCUCGAUUAAAAGAAAAUAGACAAGACAAGAGAACGAUAGAAGCUAAAUUUGAAAAGUAUAUGGAUGGAGAACAAGAUGAUGAUGAUGAUUACGAUGAAUUAGAAGGAGCACAAAUAGUUGAAUUAGAUUCUAAAGGCAGGGAGAUUCAUAAAGAUGAAGGCACAAAGAGUGACGAUGAAAAAGAAGAAGAACCAAUAAAAGAAGAAAAAGAACAACCCGCAGUGGAUGAAAAUGGUCGAAUCUUAUUUCGAAAACGUAAAUCUUCUUCUUCAAAACGAAAAUUACAAUCAAUUAUUGAUGAAGAAAUAGAAAAGAACGUGAAUAAAAAAAAGAAAAAAAUCAAGUCAAAAACAACUUCUUUACUCUCUUUCACAGAAGAAGAAGAAGAAGAAUAAAAAAAAAGAUCACUGUUGUUAUUGCCUUCGAACAUGAGAUUAAAUCAUAUUUACUCCUUUUUUUAUGAAAAACCACUAAAAUUACCAUAUUUAGUUGAACCUAUCCUACAUGUAUUUUUUUAUUUAUUUUUUAAAAAAUAUCCAAUCAUAAUGGAUCAUUCAUAAUAUUUACAUCAUGUAUAAAUAAGCUUAAUAAAAAAAAUUAUUUUUCAUAUAAACGGACAUUUUUAUCCAUUUCUAUUUUAUUUUAUUUUAUUAUUAUUAAAUUUUAUUAUACAAAUGACAGACGUUACAGAAAAAAAAAAGGUAUCAGUAGAAACAGAAGCAACA